AGAUGGCGGUAACGCCCUGUGAGCUGGUCCGCCGGGUCUGCCAGCCAGCAGGAUCGUGAAAGAAGAAGACGCUGCUCGACAGCAUGGCUACAUGGGGUCAAGUGAAGUGGCUGUCGCGGGUGCUUACUCGCCUUUGCUGUAGCAGGAAUGUUAGUAAAUUCAAAGUUGGUCCUGUGUCAUCUAAUGCCAUAUCAUCACGUCAAAUACCAGCUUCUGAUCAAAACUGUAAUGUGGACCUUGGCGUGACCCAUGAUGGCAAAACCAUAGUGUGUUUCCACCGUGCUGCAGACAUUGCCUUUGAGUUGACCAAGACCAUUUCCAGACCAGAUACCAUUAGCGAUGCUAUAGAAACCCAUGAUUUGGUGUUGAAGUCUAAACUCACUGGUGAAAAUGUAAAGGAUAAACAGAAUUCAACAAUAGAGGAGCUUUCGAAGAUGUUCUACACCACAAAGCACCGCUGGUACCCCGUCGGACAAUAUCACAGAAGACGCAGGAACAGAAACCCACCCAAAGACAGAUAGUUGUAUAUAUUCUCUGAGACACAGUAAUUGUUCUUAAUAUACAGUAUGUGGUGUUUGUUUUGUGGUAAAAUCUGAAAUAAUGUUACUGAAGCAAUGGUGGAAUAACAGUUUUUUUUUUUCUUCUUCAGUCAACAUUUCGAGUCCAACAUGCACAAUAAAGAUGUGUGCUUUUGCCUCUCAAA